GCACUGUAUAGUAAAAGGGACAUAAGAAAUGGAUCUUAUGGUAAUUUAAUUGCCUGUCUCUUUAAAAACCCUUGUUCCCUUUGAGCUACUGCUCUCAAACCCUACAUACGGCUCAGCUGCUGCUUGCCCGCCCGCCUGCCCACAGGGUUUCAAGUGAUUAAAAAAGUGUUUACUUCAAAGCUUGUUGUCUAUUAGCAGCAAUGGCACCACCUAAAGAUUCGAAGAAGCCUGAUGCCAAGGCACAGGCAGUGAAGGCUGCGAAAGCAGUGAAGUCUGGACCAACAUUUAAGAAGAAGUCCCUGAAGAUCAGAACUAAGGUUACAUUCCACCGCCCAAAGACAUUGAAGAAGGAUAGGAGUCCCAAGUAUCCUCGCAUCAGUGCUCCACCAAGAAACAAGCUUGACCAGUAUCAGAUUUUGAAGUAUCCUCUCACAACUGAGUCUGCUAUGAAGAAAAUUGAGGAUAACAACACUUUGGUGUUCAUUGUUGAUCUCCGUGCUGACAAGAAAAAGAUUAAGGAUGCAGUCAAGAAGAUGUAUGAUAUUCAGGCCAAGAAAGUCAAUACCUUGAUCAGGCCUGAUGGGACAAAGAAAGCCUAUGUCAGAUUGACACCAGACUACGAUGCCUUGGAUGUGGCAAACAAAAUUGGAAUUAUCUAAUUUAGUUCCUGGUUCUUACUAGUUUUUUUCCUUUUGUUUUGUUCGAGAGUAAGGUAUUUUUGUUGUGACAUCAAACAAGGAAAUUUGCUAAAUUACUUUAAACUUUGUGGUACUGCAAUCUGAUUAUGCCCUCAUCUUUUUGAAACAUCA